UCUCUCUGAAAGAGUGCUGAGGCGCACAAGCAGGCCAGUGAUUUCAUUGCAGGGGCCGGCUUCAAGUGGGAUGUUCAGUUUCUAGGUGUGCCAUAAUUUAGCUCUACAACCAGGAGGCAAUCAUAGAUUUUCCUUUACUCGAUGUCUUACUCACAGUAACAAAGUUACACCUAUAUCGGUGCUGCUCUGUUGUUAAACCGUUCUCUAAUAUCAGCGUAAAAUUUGUGGAGGAAAACUGGUCUACAGCGAAGGAUGAAUUCGAUACGACAGGUGCCAUCACGAAUGAAGAGUAAAAUGACGGAAACUAGUUUAGGAGAAGAAAGGGAACGUUUCGACAAACAGCAGCUCAGCAGCAUCAGUAAAGCCAUUAACUCCACUGAGACACCAGUAAAGGAAAAACAUGCCCGCAGAAUUAUCCUAGGAACUCACCGGGAAAAGGGGGCAUACACUUUUUGGUCAUAUGCUGUUGGGCUGCCUUUGUCCGGUAAUGCCAUUCUUAGCUGGAAGUUUUGCCAUGUUUUACAUAAAGUUCUACGUGAUGGCCACCCAAAUACCUUACAAGACUGUAUGAGACAUUACAGUAACAUUGCAGAGACUGGAACACUAUGGGGAAACCUCAGAGAUAAAUCUGGAUAUGGACAGCUUGUUUCUCUAUAUACCAAGCUCCUCUGCACUAAACUGGCAUUUCAUACUACACAUCCUGAAAUUCGAGCCAACCUGGAAGCCACAGAUGAAGUCCUGGAGCGGACAGCAGGAACAGACAUCAACAAUGUUUUCCAGCUUACAGUUGAGGUGUUUGAUUACAUGGAUAGAGAGCUACGUCUUGCUGAGUCAGUCCUGCGACAGCUCAAUACCUCCAUUGCCAUCUCAACCUUGACAGCAGGGCAGUGUAAACUAGCGCCGCUUAUUCAGGUCAUACAGGACUGUAGUCACCUGUAUCACUACACUGUCAAGCUGCUAUUCAAGUUACAUGCCUGUUUACCAGCUGAUACACUCCAGGGCCAUCGUGAACGGUUCCAUGAUCAGUUCCACAGUCUCAAGACAUUUUUUAAUAAAGCAAGAGACAUGAUGUACUUCAAAAGGCUUAUCCAGAUUCCAAGGCUACCUGAUUCCCCUCCAAACUUCCUUAGGGCCUCUGCCCUAGCAGAGCAUGUGAAACCCAUGGUUAUUAUCCCAGAUGAGGAGGAGCCUGAGGAAGAUGAUGAGCCUGAACCGCUAAUAGACGUCAGUGAAGCUUCUUCAGUCAGCAUGGCUUCCCAACCACAGGUUGACAUAUUUGAUCAGACAUUUGGGCCCCCAAAUAAUGGCUUUGAUGACAGGGACCUCCAGAUUGACAGCUUGAAGCAAGAAAUUGAGCUACUUCGAGCUGAAAUUGAGAAGAUCAAAGCUGAGGCUCAGCGCUAUAUCACUCAACUGAAAUCUCAGAUCAACAGUCUAGAGGCGGAGUUGGAGGAGCAGAGGGUUCAAAAACAACGUGCCCUUGUAGAAAAUGAGCAGCUACGUAUGGAACUGGAUGCAACUAAACGACGCAAUGCAGAACAUGAGACAAUGCAAGCUACAUUUUUGGAAGCUGAGAAAAGGUCUCAAGCUACAGAGCUCCGGUAUAACAAGCUAAAGGAGAAGCAUGCCGAGUUGGUAGCCAGCCAUGCAGAGUUGCUUAGGAAGAGUGCAGACACAGUGAAGAUGUUGUCAGCCACUCAGCAGACCCAGGAGGAGGUGGCCAGAACUAAACAACAGUUAUCCUUUGAAGUGGAGAGGAUCAAACAGGAGUCUGACAUGAAGUUGGAGGAACAAAAGUUUGAAAUGGAUAAAUUGAGACGAGAGUUGGAAGAGAAGAUUGGAGAGAUCCAACUAAUAAAGGGAAUAUUACAGACUUGUGAAAAGGGCAGUGAGCAACUGAGCAACUCCAUAACCUCGAUGCAGGCAGAAAAGGAGCGCCUAAUGCGCUGUGUGAGUGAGAAGGAGGCUGAGCUAUCCUCUCUAAAGCAGGCAGCCCAGGUGAAGGAGUCCUCUCUCCAGCAAGAGAGGGAGAGGAGCAGCAAGGAGUUAGGACAACUCCAGGGAAAACUCAAAGAGAAGCUCGGCCAUGAGGAGCAGUUGCAGCAGAAGUUGUUGGAUGAGCAGUUUGCCCUGUUGCAGGGUACAGUAACUGAGGCAGAAAUCAUCAUUCAGGAUGCUCUGGCUACAGUGGAUGAUCCUUUGCAUAUCCGCUGCACCAGCUCACCAGAUUACCUUGUAAGUCGUGCAGAAGCUGCGCUGGGAUCAGUAACUAAAAUGCAAGCUGGCCACUCACACUAUUUGAAGAAUAUGGAAGAUGCUGGGCCUUUGCUGAGGGCUUUGACUCAGUUUUCUCAUCUUACUGCUGACACCAUUAUCAAUGGGAGUGCAACAGCACACAUGGCACCUGUAGAUCUUACUGAUCGAUUGAUGGAGAACUGCAGGGCAUGUGCUACGAAAAGCUUAAAUUUUCUACAGGAACUGAAGUCUAAAGUUUCCAUAAAGGGUGCUGAUCCAACAUAUGUUCAUGCUGUGAUUCAGAAAAUCUUGCAAAUUGCACAGGACCUAAGGCCAAAAGGAGUAGAUGUUGGAAGGGAGGAGUUGGGAGACAUGGUAGAUAAAGAAAUGGCUUCCACUUCUGCUGCAAUAGAGGAAGCUGUGAGGAGAAUAGAUGAGAUGAUGAAUCAGGCCAGAAGAGACACUGAAGGAGUCAAGCUAGAAGUGAAUGAAAGAAUACUGAAUAGCUGCACUGACCUCAUGAAGGCUAUCCGUCUUUUGGUGUUGGCAUCCACAGACCUGCAGAAGGAGAUUGUAGAAAGUGGAAGGGGUGCAGCAACAGUGAAGGAGUUUUAUGCAAGAAACUCUCGCUGGACUGAGGGUCUCAUAUCUGCUGCCAAGGCGGUAGGCUGGGGAGCAACACAAAUGGUUGAUUCGGCUGAUAAAGUGGUGUUACACACGGGCAAGUAUGAAGAGCUUAUUGUCUGUUCUCAUGAAAUUGCAGCCAGUACAGCACAACUUGUUGCAGCUUCCAAGGUAAAGGCAGACCGUGGCAGUAGAAAAUUGUUGAGUCUUCAGCAAGCCUCUCGCCAUGUGAAUGAAAUGGCUGCUAAUGUAGUGGCUUCCACCAAAACAGGCCAGGAACAGAUUGAGGAAAAAGACACUAUGGACUUCUCUGGGAUAUCUUUGAUCAAGUUGAGGAAAGAGGAAAUGGAGUCCCAGGUGAAAGUCCUGGAGUUGGAGAGUAUGCUUGAAAAUGAGCGCCUACGACUCGGAGAGCUACGUAAAAAGCACUAUGAGAUAGCAGGGGUUUCACUGGAACAAUUUGGCCAAGAUGACAAUGCCCUUUCUCCAAAAUCCCCCUCCUCCCCAAAACCCUCCAAACCUUCAUUAAUGAAGAAACCAGCCCUUGCUCAGAAACCAAAUAUACCAACAAAAAAUAUGUUCAGGUAAAUAACCCUUGGAUGAAGUUCAUCAAAACUGGAUUUCAAAUUGCUGGAGUUUUCUUUUUUCCUUUUUUUGUUUUCCUUUUUUUCCUUUUCCCUGCUUUUCUUUAAUUAUUAUGUUUUAAAGUAAAGAAGUUAAUUAUCUAUCUUUAAGUUUUGAGAAAAUAUAUAUUUUUAAAUCUGAGCUAUAUACUAGUGAUACAUAUCUAAUCUUGUAGAUUUUCGGGUAUUUUAAACAAUCAGAAACAGUCCUGUCUGAAAUAAAACUAUUCUGCAUAUAAGUCAAUGUUGUUAUAACAAGGCAAAAAAUAAGUGGGUGGCUCUGAGCCUGUAAUAACAAAUCUACUAGAAAAUGCUUUUUGUCUUUCAUUGGUAUUUGUUUUUCUCUUUUUGUAGUAUGGCUUGUUUAUUAUUGUAUGGGGUUGGUGUUUUAUAGCCAUCAUUUAUAACUGUCUUAUUUAUAAUAUUCAAAUUGAAUCAACCUUAUUAGACUGAAAAUAAUAAACUAUAUUAAGUGACAGGUAAUCAAGUCAAGGUCAAGGUAUCUUUAAUGUCCCCUGAGGGCAAUUCAUUUUGCAGCCAGCAGCAAAAAACACGCACCAACAAUAAAUACAGUCACAAUUGAGACAUAAAAAAAAACAUAAAUACAUAAAGUUUUAGAACAGUAAAAACAUUCAUCAUGGUAAUGUUGAAUAAACCCCUGGAAUCAUUGUUUAAAGUGUACCUGUAGUGAAUUUUAAUUACUAGCUAUUUCAAUGAUCACGUAUGAUACCAGUGGUUCCGUCAUGUAAUGUUUGUCAUAAGCUCGUCAAGUACGCACAAGUUUUAAGUCACUGCUCUGCCAGUCAGGCAUGGUCAGCAACAUGUCGCCUCCUUCAUGGGCUGUUCCGGCACCGGUAGUGACGCACAGUCGUUGGUUUGUCCGAUUGGCUGGGCUGCAGUGGACUGGUCACUGACCCCGUGUUGUAAACAUCAGUCUAAGAUAACACAUUAUCAACCGAUCUGUUAGAAAUAGAAGAAAUAUUUACACCUACUCGAGCUGAUCUUUGGCUGGAUUGAGUCAGUGUUUUUUUGUUUUUUUUAAAAAAGGCACCGUUCAUCGUUCACCGUUCAAGAUUGAAUUGAUUUGCUGUCGUGAAUCAUAAAACAAAUCAUGAAUUGAAUCGCUGUCCUGAAUCAUCCAAAGUGCAUAAAAUCCACGUGCCAUCUCGGAACAAGUUUUAACUCCAAAUAACGCAAACUAUGUCAGACAAAUUUUAUCCUGUUUACGAUGGGCGUUCCCACCAUGAAACAGAAACCAGUCAAAUCAAUCGAUUAUUAUGCCCUGUGUCCAAAAUCGCUCACUCGUUCACUACUCCCUAUACUAUAUUGCUGUACUAUAAGAGGACUACCGUAUAUAGUGAGCUCAUUGGUAAAAUGAAAAAACGCUUUCGGACACGAGUCCGUUGUGCUGGUAUUUACGUCAUUACUGUUGCACAAUUAAAACAUGCCAUAUCAGCCGGCUGGUGGGCUUUCAAAAUGAUUAAAAAAAAUUUUUAAUAUAUAUUUUUUUUAUUAAAAAAAAAAUACUGAGUGUAUUUCCCACAUUAAUCAAUACAAAGUACCUACAUCUUUCAGUUUUAAAUCGAGGCUGAAUACUUUCUUCUUUGCCACUGCCUUUUAUUAAAUCAAAUUUGAGACUUUGAUUUCUUUCAGCGCUACUGCAAUGCAUGAUGGGAUAUAUGCUUCACUAACCAAGCUUAAUGCUUGUACAUUAGUACAUUAAUACUUUUCAUGAUGCAUUGUGGGAUGCUUUGAGUGCAAUACAUACGUUAUUACGAUAGUAAUUAUCCUCACUAUCAUUUCGGACAGCACUACAAAAUGGCAUUCUCACUAUAUGGUGCCCUGUAUAGUGAGUAGGGAGCAAUUUUGGACACAGGGCAUGUGAAUAUUCUUUUAUGAAUGCGGAAGUGGGCGCUCAGCCCUCCGAGUCCGGUGUGGCUGAGUAAGGUGACAAGUUUUAUGUUUCAUCUAAUUUAGGUAAUUUAAAAACUAUAAUAUUUGGCAGUGGGCAUAUAGGAAAGUGUAAAAUGUAAAAUUUGUCAAUAUCAUGCUUGUAUGAUUAAAAAAAUUCACAAAGAUAUUUAUCUCAAUAGAUGACAUUCUAAACCUGUCAAGUAUAACCAAAUCUACGUGCACAUAAUGCCAUGAAAUAAUAGAUAUGUGCCAUAAAAAAGAUAGUUAUUAGUAUUAGAUCUAUAUUUAUUUAACGUGUUCUGAAGUUACUUGACUGGGAACUGGGAAUCUCGACCCACAGAUAACCCGGAAUCAACGACUGUACGCCACUUCCGGUCAGCAAUGGCUGCUCCCCGUGGUUCUGCCUCCGCAGGUAAUUCACGGAAUAAAAUUGUUCGCAAAAGUGCUUUUACGGUGUUUUUAUUGUUUGGGUUUUUUUGACUAAAUGUGCACGUCUUUUGUGUAUAAGUAAUACAUAAAGCACGAUUUAGGUCGGACAGUCUGGUUUUGAAAUAACACAUCCGCCUACUGGUGCAGUUUUGAGCUGGACGCUCAUUUGUCCUCCUUUUGAGAUCAUCUCAAUUUUAUACUCUAAUGGUAUAAAAUUGAAUGAAUCGGCCUGAACAAAAAAUAAAUGAGUACUCGUAUUAAUACGUUGGUUUUGCCUAAUUAAACACUCCAAAAAGAUUUUUGAUUUUACAAAUCUUUAGAUGAACGUGUCAAAUAUUUGAAAUUUGAUUGAUCAAUAGCUGAAUGUAACCAAAAAUGCUUUUUGUAAGCAUGACCAGUACUGGUACACUUUAAAGCCCAUGUCAACUCUUUUUCAUAAUUAGCAUGUUUUCAUCACUCAAAAUGAAUCAGUACAUUAUUAUUAUUCAACUUAUUUUAAGGCUGUCCCAGUCACAAGGUUUACAGUCAUUUAGCACAAAAGUCUUUUCACACAAGCCAUUUAGGCCUAUCUAAAACAAUUGUGAAGAUUUUUAAGUUUAACAAAUUGUCUUGUGUUAAAUUGUUUGGAGGGAGGAUUGGUGACUGACUGAGGUGAACAUCUAUCUGUCCUGUUUUAGGUCGGACAGUCUGGUUUUGAAAUAAAACAUCCGUCUACUGGUGCAGUUUUGAGCUGAACGCUCGUUUGUCCUCCUUUUGAGAUCUCAAGCUUUAUCCAAUGGUGUAAAAUUGAAUGAAUGAACGAAUGAAUCGGCCUGAACAAAAAAAUAAAUGAGAACUGGUAUUAAUAUGUUGGUUUUGCCUAAUUAAACACUCCAAAACGACUUUUGAUUUUACAAAUCUUUAGAUGAAUGUGUCAAAUAUUUGAAAUUUGAUUGGUCAAUAGCUGAAUGUAACCAAAUUAGCCAUGCGGCUUGAGGUCAUGCCAGGUAUUGCGUUUGGCAAGCUACAGACCCAGUUUUGUGAAGAUCAUCAAUUCACUGCAAAAAGUAGAAAGGAUGACUGUCAUUGUGAUGUGGAUGUAAGCAGCAAAGGGAAAGGCGCAAUCGAGCAGCAUGCUGCACAGACGAGCACAAAGGCAACAGCAGGUGCCUUUUCAUUUUUAUCAUUUUUCUGUGACGCUUAAUCACCUAAAGAUGACAAAAUAAACCUCAUUCAUGGUAACUGCACCAGAGUCUCAUUAUGGAUUUGGGAUUAUUUUCCAUUUUUGUCUUUGGUUCACUGAAUUUUGCAAAGUGUCCUCCUUUUUGGGUGUUAUGGAAAUGGCCAUACUAUGACUAACAUGCAGGCUACAUCAAACAUGGUGAAAUACAAUCACAGCUUCCAGCUUUGAGGAAAGCUCACUGUUUGGGAAUGACUGCCAUCAUGCAUCUUUAAACAUGAUCAGUAGGUAUUUAAAAUAAAGAUUAAAUGUUCUUAGAACUUGUGUGAAAUGACUUUAGAUUUGUGCUAAAUGACUUGCGCGAAAAGACUUUUGUGCUAAAUGACCAGAUACCAGUCACAAGGACCAGUUAAGAGGGUUUUUUUGUUGUUGUUUUUAAAUCAGGCUAGAGAAUAAAUGCUGCCAAAUGUCCCAAUAAACUCCUUGUACAAACUAGACACCUCUUAUACACCUAGUGUUCAUGCAGUGCUCAUAAAUAUUUUUUUUUUAACAUUUGAAAUCAUUUUGACAGGCUUUAAAUGAUGUCAAGUUUUUCAUUACUAUGAUGAUGAAAGGACAAAUCAGGCUUACCUACAACGUUUGUUAUAAAGCAAUAUUAUGCAUAUAUGCUUACACUAAAAAAUGUUUUCCAAACAGUUAGUGGUGCUUGAAAGUUUGUGAACCCUUUAGAAUUUUCUACAACCCCGAUUCCAAAAAAGUUGGGACAAAGUACAAAUUGUAAAUAAAAACGGAAUGCAAUAAUUUACAAAUCUCAAUUUAUAUUGUAUUCACAAUAGAACAUAGACAACAUAUCAAAUGUCGAAAGUGAGACAUUUUGAAAUUUCAUGCCAAAUAUUGGCUCAUUUGAAAUUUCAUGACAGCAACACAUCUCAAAAAAGUUGGGACGGGGCAGUAAGAGGCUGGAAAAGUUAAAGGUACAAAAAAGGAACAGCUGGAGGACCAAAUUGACUGGGUAUAAAAAGAGCGUCUUGGCGUGGCAGUGGCUCUCAGAAGUAAAGAUGGGAAGAGGAUCACCAAUCCCCCUAAUUCUGUGCCAACAAAUAGUGGAGCAAUAUCAGAAAGGAGUUUGACAGUGUAAAAUUGCAAAGAGUUUGAACAUAUCAUCAUCUACAGUGCAUAAUAUCAUCAAAAGAUUCAGAGAAUCUGGAAGAAUCUCUGUGCGUAAGGGUCAAGGCCAGAAAACCAUACUGGGUGCCCGUGAUCUUCGGGCCCUUAGACGGCACUGCAUCACAUACAGGCAUGCUUCUGUAUUGGAAAUCACAAAAUGGGCUCAGGAAUAUUUCCAGAGAACAUUACCUGUGAACACAAUUCACCGUGCCAUCCGCCGUCGCCAGCUAAAACUCUAUAGUUCAAAGAAGAAGCCAUAUCUAAACAUGAUCCAGAAGCGCAGACGUCUUCUCUGGGCCAAGGCUCAUUUAAAAUUGACUGUGGCAAAGUGGAAAACUGUUCUGUUGUCAGACGAAUCAAAAUUUGAAGUUCUUUAUGGAAUGUCAUUCGGACUAAAGAGGAGAAGGACGACCCAAGUUGUUAUCAGCGCUCAGUUCAGAAGCCUGCAUCUCUGAUGGUAUGGGGUUGCAUUAGUGCGUGUGGCAUGGGCAGCUUACACAUCUGGAAAGUGCUGAAAGGUAUAUUCAGGUUCUAGAGCAAUUAUGCUCCCAUCCAGACGACAUCUCUUUCAGGGAAGACCUUGCAUUUUCCAACAUGACAAUGCCAAACCACAUACUGCAUCAAUUACAGCAUCAUGGCUGCGUAGAAGAAGGGUCCGGGUACUGAACUGGCCAGCCUGCAGUCCAGAUCUUUCACCCAUAGAAAACAUUUGGCGCAUCAUAAAACGGAAGAUACGACAAAAAAGACCUAAGACAGUUGAGCAACUAGAAUUAGACAAGAAUGGGUUAACAUUCCUAUCCCUAAACUUGAGCAACUUGUCUCCUCAGUCCCCAGACAUUUACAGACUGUUGUAAAGAGAAAAGGGGAUGUCUCACAGUGGUAAACAUGGCCUUGUCCCAACUUUUUUGAGAUGUGUUGUCAUGAAAUUUAAAAUCACCUAAUUUUUCUCUUUAAAUGAUACAUUUUCUCAGUUUAAACAUUUGAUAUGUCAUCUAUGUUCUGUUCUGAAUAAAAUAUGG